AUGAUUGAAUUAAAAAAAAUGUAUAGAUAUAUAAUUCGGAAGCAUAGCCCAUACUACAACAAAUGGAGCUGUUGUGCUACCCAUUGGGGGAGUAACUUUAAAAAAAUUCAAUUUUAUUCUCAAAGCGUAGAAAGAAACCGUAUUAUAAAUGAUAGCAACAUAAGUAAUAAUAAUAUUUACAAUAAAAAUGAAAUAAAUAAAAAAAUUGACAAUGUUGAAAAAGAGAAUAAAGAAAUAGUGAAGAAUCCCAUUUUACAUGUUAGUAAUGAAGCUAUUAACAAAAUGAAAGAAAUUAAUAAAAAAUACAAAAAUAAAAAAGCUUUAAAAGUUCAAGUUGAAGCAGGAGGAUGCUCAGGUUUUCAAUACUUUUUCUCAUUAAUAGAUAAAAAUAAUAUAAAUGAAAAAGAUAUAAUUGCAUAUGACAAAGAGUUUGUUGUUAUUAUAAAUAAAGAAGCUUGUGAUAUUUUAAAAGACAGUAAAAUACAUUAUAUAAGUAACCUUAUUUCAAAAAAAUUCAUAAUUGAAAACAUCCAAAAUAUUUCAUCGAAAUGUUCUUGUGGUAAUUCUUUUGAUAUUACUUUUUAA